AUGGUUUCCAACUUCCGCACAUACGAGGCGCAGAGCCGGCUCCUCGCUGCUGUCAUCGCCAGCCAUCCCGGCCUGAAGCUCAACUUCAAAGCCAUCACACUGCAUUUCGGCUCAGAUGUGACCGAGUCUGUCAUUCGACACCGCUUCCGUCCCGUCAAGAUGCAGGCCGAAGCCAUCCGCAAGGCCGUCGCCCAAGGCCAGGAUGCCAAAGAGCUGAGCGGCAUCUUUUACGUGAAUGAAAAGGGUACGAGAGCAAGUGGCCUCAACCUGUCGGACUGCAUUCCUGUUCCCUGCACCCUGUCGUCUCGUCCUCCGCCUUCUGGCCUCUCGCUAACCUCGACAGAGAUUGCAAAGUACUUUGGCGAAUCCACGCCCCAGGGCAUCGAGUUCCAGUUCCGCAGCAUCCGCAAAGACGCAAAGGCGCUGCGUGACGCCGUCGACAAGGGCGAGAGCCCGCUGACUGUGCGCAAGACUGCCCCGACCGCCAGCCGGAAAUCCACUGCGGCAUCCUCGCUCAAGCGCCGAACUUCGCCCGCCACAGGUGCUACCGAUGCUGCCGCCCGGCCGACAAAACGGACAAACACAGUCGCCGCCGUGGCGAAGCUCAGGAACGACCCCGUCUUCUCUAAUGGAGAGGACAGCAGCAGCCUGGGCGAUGACGUCGACUAUGAACAGCUGGACUUGACGCCCACCGCCACACCGACUCCCACGUCAAGAAGCCUGCCGGCUGCCUUUCUUCCUGCGAGCCAGCUGCCAGUCUCGUCGCCUGCGCCUCCCAUGACGCCCACGUCGGCAACAGCUGCCUUGACGUCCGCAGCCUCCUCGUUCGUGCCAGACCUCACGCCCGCUGUCAGCUCCGGCUCCACGCCGUCCGAGAACGACACUCCCGUUGCCGACAUCAAGUACAUCAGCGGUGUCCGACAGCAUCAGCAGCAGCAGGCCGGCGGGAGAUUCUAUGCAGGCAACAACACUACCGGUCCAAAUGGCCGCACUGUGCUCAAGGUACCCAAGACCGAGACCGUUGCUGCUUCUGCCGCGGCCGUCAUCGCCUCCACGAGCGACUUUGAUAGCUGGCAGAGCUUCGGCCCCUCUGUCAGCCAUAGCAACCCGACCGAUUCGUUCCAGCUAUUCAAUGUCGGCACCUCCUCCUGGGCUCAGGACGACGUCUUCUCGUCCAGCACUAGCCAGUCGUUCUCGCAGUCGAUGUCGCAGUCGUUUUACGAGAGCGAGGGCGCCAUCUGA